GUAAUCUCAUAGUGAUGUCAUGCGCUUGACCCUUUCGUCGCUAAGUGAAGCAUGCACCUUCUCUGCAACUCCCUUCUGGAAAAUGAGCAUGAAACGAGUUUCCUUUUUCUUUUUUUAAGGAGCUUCAUUUGAUCAAGUUUAGAUGAGAGUUUAUAUCAAAUACCCAUCGCCUCCUUUUGCACCUCUCUCUCACUCUCUUUUCUCUCUCUCCUCUUCCUGCCAUGUUUGUGACCAUGAAUGGCCCUGAAGACCAUAACCAUAGUCACACUUGCUUCGAAGAGAUCGUCGAUCCUUCAUAUUUCGAAUUAUCAGAUUAUCUCCUUCUAGAAGAUGAUUUUGAGGAAGAUUCUUCGGUGAAAACAAUGGCCAGUUCCGCAGAAGAUUUCACGGGCAGCUCCAACGGAUUCACUUGCCGCGAAGCCAGUGAAAGAAUAAAUAGUAACAUAUGCGAGAGUGGAAGGAAGAGCAAGACAGCUACUGAAUUUAGGGUUGCAUUCAGGACCAAAUCGGAGCUCGAGGUCAUGGAUGAUGGAUUCAGAUGGCGAAAGUAUGGGAAGAAAUCGGUCAAGAGCAGUCCUAACCCUAGGAACUAUUAUAAAUGCUCGAGCGAAGGGUGCCUCGUGAAGAAGAGGGUGGAGAGAGACAGUGAAGACUCGAGCUACGUGAUAACAACGUACGAGGGUGUCCACAACCACGAGAGUCCAUGUUUUGUCAAUCGCAAUUACAAGCAGAUGAGCCCUGCCGUGCCUCCUAAUAGAGGCUCUCCAAUUCCUCUUAGCCCGAACUUCAGUUAGUUUCACACACUUAUGUUACUUGCAUGAUAACCUCACAUGAGUAACCUUUGUCUCUUGAUGAGCAUUUCAUAGAAGCUUCUUUGCCUUGAUCCCUAUCUAUUAUAGACCUCGUGUAUCAACAAUACAUUUGUCUCGCCUGCUUCAAUAGCAGAAUCGUCUCAUUUGGAUGAGGGCGUUUCCCUUUCUCUUUUUAAUCUUGACUUAUAGAGUUUGUCA